CUGUCAAAAGGCUAUUACCAUCGCUCACGCAACUUCUUCAUCACGUUUGGCCGCUCGUUCUGCCAGCUUGAUGCUCUGUUCAGAGUUUGAACAGUUCCGUUUUUCGAUGUUGGAGAAACGCAGGGACGUGUUCAAGGAAGGUGUAUUGGCGGAAGUUCGGGAUGGCUUGGUAGCGGAGAUCCAGGCUGACAAGAAGAAGUUGAAGAGCCGUUUGAGAGAGCUUGAACUAUCAUACAUCGCAAGCCGUCCGUCGAGUGAUCUCUCCCAGAUCAGUGAAGACCGUCGGUGGUUCAACGGGAAUUGUGGGGCCAAAAUCGAGCGCUGCUUCACAGAAUAUGAGAAAUUGGAAGAUCAUCUCUUAAAGAACACUGUCUAUCAACCGAUGUCCCUUCAGGAGAAACAAGACAUUGUAAAAGCAUUUGGAUUUCAGCCUCAAGGUCAUUUUUACAACUGUGUAAAUGGCCACACAUUCGUUAUCACAGAGGUAUGAGUAUUGUCUAAUUGGAUGCCUGACCAGUUGGAACAUCUUUUUCAGUGCGGCGGAGCAAUGCAGGCUAGUCAAUG